UUGAUUUUAAAUGUGUACACCAAUGACACGGCCACAGCCGUUCCGUGUCCUAUUCGCUUUAUUAUCACACCAUAUGUGGAAGGAAGGAAAAACCGUGUCCUAUUAUUAUUUAUUUCUCUCUCCAUACCAAUUCAACAUUAGUGUCCCAAUUCAGUACUCUCUAUAUAUACAUUCACCUCCUCCUACAACACCAAUCAUCUAACCUACAUCUAUCUUCCUCUCUCGAUCUAUAGAUCAGCCAUGCCCGAUUCGAAGCAACCCCACUUGAACGGAGCCUACUACGGGCCCUCUAUCCCACCACCCACCAAGACCUACCACCGCCCCGGCCGCGGCGGCCCUGGCUGCGGCAUCUGCAGCUGCCUGUGUAGCUGCCUGUGCAGCCUCAUAUUCCAAAUCCUGUGCACAAUCGUGCUCAUCAUCGGCGUCACCAUCUUCAUCGUCUGGCUCAUAUUCCGCCCCAACGAGGUGAAGUUCCAUGUGACAGACGCCACUCUGACCCAGUUCAACCACUCAACCACCGCCAACACCCUAUACUACAACCUCUCCCUCAACAUGACAGUCAGAAACCCAAACAAGCGGAUCGGCAUCUACUAUGACCGAAUCGAGGCGAGGGCUUAUUUUGAGGAUCAACGGUUUGGUACGGAGGAGUUGAGCAGGUUUUAUCAGGGUCACAAGAAGACGAACAAUUUGAAUACUGCGUUUCAAGGACAGACUAUGGUGGUGCUGGGAGAUUCUGAGCUUUCUAAGUAUAAUUCGCAGACGAGUUCGGGGAUAUAUAAUAUUGAUGUGAAGUUGUAUCUGAGGAUUAGGUUGAAGUUUGGCGUCUUCAAAACUCCCAAGUUUAAGCCCAAGAUUAAAUGUGAUUUGAAGGUUCCAUUGCUUUCUGCUGCUACUUUUCAGACUACCAAGUGUGACUUCGAUUGGUAGUUCACGGAUCCCUUCCAUUUCCAUUUCCAUUUCCGUUUCCAUGAUCCAUGGAUUUUUCUGGUUUUUAUUUUUUAUUUUUUUUCUUUUGGGUAUUUUGAUAUUUAUAUAUUAUUAUUAUUAUUUUAUGACCGUUGUUUCAUUCGAAACGUCACUCGUUGUGGUAAAUAAAUAAAGAAUUUAGUUCGCAUUCA